AUGACGGCAAACACUAAGUCUGUUGCAUUCUUUGGAGCCAGCACGGGCGUUGGCCUUGCUGCUCUCAAACGGACUCUCGUUGCCGGACACAACUGCAUCGCGCUAUGCCGUGAUCCCUCAAAACUCACAGCUGUCUUCCCUAUGGAAUCAACAAGAAAUCUGAAGAUUAUCAAAGGCAAUGCACACGAUAUCUCCGCCGUGUCGCAGUGUAUCCAAACCGACGAUGGCCGCAUCGUCGAUGUCAUCGUGUCCACCAUUGGCGCCAAACCCCGUGGAAUGGCUGUCGACGAUCCGAACCUUUGCAAAAAAGGCGCCGCCACCCUCCUAAAUGCCAUCGCCGAGCUUCGAAGCACCGGUAUUACCGGAAGUCCACACAUAAUUGGUUGCAGCACAGCGGGCUUCUCCCGCUUCGGCCGCGAUGUCCCUCUCGUUAUGGUGCCCAUCUAUUACCUGUUUGUCAGCGUCCCCGGAGCAGACAAGGUAGUCAUGGAAGAUCGUUUCGCGCAGAGCGGGGAAUCAUUCACAAUCAUUCGGGCGAGCCAUCUUGUUGAUGGCGAGUCGAACAAGACUAUCCGCGUGGGCAUCGAAGAUCCCAAGACCGGUCCGGAGACUAGGGCUAUUGGCUAUACUAUCUCCCGGGAAGAUGCGGGGAGGUGGCUCGUUGAGAACCUUGUCUUGAAGUCAGAUACAAAGUAUUUGAACAAGAAUGUGACCGUCACAUACUGA